AUGCCCCGUCCCAGUCAGCUACAAGUCGCUCUGAACCGACGCGUGUCCGUGCUGAGGCCUUUUUUCGCUGCCAGGGGAAGCGCGGCUGCGCGGGCGGGCUCCCCGAGGCAGCAAGCAGGCACCGCCCGCUUCCUGAAAACGCGGCGCGCGACGGGAGGCUUGCGCGGGCCGCCCGAGCGGCACGCUGCAUCGGAGACGCGGGCAGCUCACGCGCCCACGUCGGCGAACGCAGCCCCGCUGUCUUCCGUGGCGCGCUUGCGCGCUGGAGGAGGAGGAGGAGGAGGAGGAGCAGCACCCGAUUCGCCGCGGCCGCCCGCCCCGCGCGCGGGGCCCCUCACAGAGUCCGCCCGCUGCCGGCGCCUGCCGCCCUUCCAGGCCGCCGGGGACUCGCGGCGGCAGGGGGCCCGCGGCGACCUGGGGGCCCUGAUCCACCGAGGAACGACCUCUCGUGGUGCAGCUAAUUGA